AGUCCAACUUCGACCACCAUCUCCUUCGAAGGCUCUGUAGCGUAUUUUUUCUUCCUUUUUUUACUUUACAUUUUCCACCAAACUUUCUGCUCUUACUUGCUGUUAAGUCGACACAGAAAGACAAGCACAAACAGGGAGCGAAAAGUUGGCCACCUCUGCCGCUGACCACACCGAAACGGGCAGCUGAGGCAGGCUGCAGCCGACAGCUUCCCCCACAGCGAACGGCCAGUCGCAGGAGGCAGCGCACAAGCCAGCAGGAUUCAGUUUCGCCUGGCCGCCAGACCCAGAAACGUCCCCAGCAGCUCCCACCGCAAUCUUUGCCCUUCCGGCUUUACAGGUGGAAAGUGAAUUUAAAACAAAUUUUAAUUAUGAAACAGGCUUGGGAAAAGAGGGUAUAUGAGAAUGGGCAGAGUAAAACCCCUGGAACAGACCGUGUGGAUUCUGCAGCAUUGACAGUCUCAGCAGAUUACCUUCCGAGUGCUGGUUCAACCGAUAAGCUUGACAACAAGACACUUCCUGUGGGUGGAGCUUUGAGCGGGGUGGGUCAGAACCUGCUGCUAAGUCCAGCGGGUCUGCAGCUGGCUCAUCUCCAGGCUCAACUCACCCUGCAGCGUCUCAAACUCGCCCAGACCAGCAGCACCGCCGCUGCCGCAACUGUCCUCAAUCAGGUCCUGUCCAAUGUGGCCAUGUCCCAGCCAUUGUUUAACCAGCUCAGGGGCCCCACUAUGGCCCCGGCUCACGGAAGAAGCUUCCCUCCUGCACCCAUAACCUUCCCCCCUCCCACUCCCGUCCUGGGCACCCUGGUGGGAGGUGGGUUCGCCCACAACCACGCAGGGAUCAGGCCGAAUCAAUAUGGAGGAGGCGGGACCCCAAACCAGAGCGCCAACCUGCACGCUGAAUACGGGAAAAAUUCCGUCCCAUAUCAGGCAGAUGCUGACCGGCGUGCGCAGUUUGGGUUUCCGGGUGGGACGGGAACCAAAGUCGGAGAUGCGGUGCAGUUCGGAGGAGCCGUGGCACCACCCAAAAACAGCACCCAGAGAGACUACCAGAGAGACUUCUACACCUCCGAGGGACAGCAGGGGGGCUUUGGGGGGGGCAGUGGGGAGCAGAUCAAGGAGUCCAACCACAAAGAGCAGUGGAAACCCCCAACCAGCUUUCCUUUCUCAGGUAAAGUGGACAUGGGUGCCGGGGCCACGGGCAGUGCCUGGACCCCAGCCGCACACGCGUUCAUUGGCCCAAGAGCAGAACUGUACAACCCUGAGGAGCCUACUGGAGACCCCAAGUUUGGCACGAGGGGCAGCCUGGCCUUCAGCACCGCUGGAGGGCUGCAACAAGGGUUCAUGGGAUACCAGCAGCAGCAGAAGAAUGAAGAGGGGGUGGGAAUGACCCUAAAAGCACACCAGUUUAACGACUACCAUGGAGUGACACCUUCACACCUGCCGCACCAGUGCACCAUCUGUGAGAAGAAAGUUUACAACUUGAAGGACUGGGACCAGCACGUGAAAGGCAAGUUACACCUUCAGAACUGCUCACUGUACGCUGAGGGGCUGACACCAGGAGCUUUGCACUUUCCCACAGUGUCUGAAGGAUGCAGCAGCGCGCCAGCAACUAGCGCCAUGGCGUACGCGGCCGCCACCAGCCAAGAUGCUUCAGCAGGAGGGGCCCCUUACGUACCAGCUGCAGCUAUGAAGUCAUUUCCUCUCACAGGGGUCGGCUUUACCUCCCACCAGACAGGGGCAAAGUUCCCGCCACGCCAGUUGUAUCCCGGGCGCGUCGUUCACAUCUGCAACCUUCCGGAGGGCAGCUGUACAGAGAACGACGUCAUCAACCUGGGCCUGCCCUUCGGCAAGGUCACCAACUACAUCCUCAUGCGCUCCACCCAUCAGGCCUUUCUGGAGAUGGCGUAUGUGGAGGGUGCCCAGGCCAUGGUGCAGUACUACCAGCUUCAGCCAGCCACCAUCAACGACCAGAAACUCCUCAUCCGCAUGUCCAAGAGAUACAAGGAGCUGCAGCUCAAGAAGCCUGGUAAGGAUGUGGACUCUAUCAUCCAGGACAUCAACUCCCAGAGAGAGAGAGAGGAGCAGCAGGAAAUGGAUCGGUACAUGCCAGAGAGAGCACGCUCACGUAGUCCGAUCAGCCGCUCUCUCAGUCCGCGUUCCCAUAGCCCGAGCUUCACCUCCUGCAGUUCCACCCACAGCCCCCAGGGGGGUCCCUGUCGGACAGACUGGAUCAACGGCCUGGGUGCACGCCGUGGCUCCUGGGACUGGACAUCCCACGCGUGGCGGGAGGAGGACCCGCACGACAGAGACGACUGGCGCAACGAGGAGCAGGAGCGGCCCAACGGCCGGCUCACCGAGCGCAGGAAGGCCUACCUGAAACCCUCGGAGCGGGGCAGCCCGCGUUUGUGUCCGGCCGACGAGCGCGGCAGGGACCGCUUCUCCCGCUGCAGCCCGCAGGGGCCCUCCUUCUCCUCCUACCACUCCGCCGAAGACUUCUACAAGAAGGUUGAGAAGCCUCCCCGGGCACCCCAGCACCAGAAGCAGGAGGGUAGGUCCUGGUGGAGGAACGGUAGUGACCACCACAGGGCCCGGCACCCAGAGACCGAGCCACCUGAGGAGCGGGGACACAGCAAGAGGACAAGCAGGAGACAGGAGAGGGAGGACAGGGAGACUGAGGAGAACAAAGAAGCGACUGAACAUCAAGCCAGAGCAAGAUCAGCAUCGCCUCACAGUAGCAGACCCUCCGAGCCCACAGAGCAAGACAGAGAGAGUGAGGUAGAGGACUGGGCAAGUGGGGACGAAACGGAGGGCGAGUGCUGGUACCCCAAGAGCAUGGAGGAGCUGGUGACAGUUGACGAGGUUGGGGGAGAGGAGGACUCCAUCAUCGAACCCGAUCUCCCUGAGCUGCAGGAGGAGGACCCAGCUGAGGUGCGUGCAGCAAGCCCAGAGCCCAGUACUGAAGCCCCUGCUGCAGGGGAGCAAACUCAGGAGGCCCCUGCUCUGGGGACAGAGAUCCAGGAGGUUCCUGCACCUGAAAAAGAGAUCCAGGAGGACCCUGCACCACCUCCGGUGGCCAGUCUGGAGGAGGAGGUGCCCGGGACUAGUCAGCCCGGGUCAGGAGAAACUUCGCCCAGCGAUGGGGCACCUGAUGUGCCUUGCCCCCAGCUCCUCCUGUUCCCAAACCAAGAGUUUAAGACGACGCAGGAGACGGUCUGCUCCGUAGAGACACACACAGUCGGAGCCACAUCGGACAGCCUGACUGACCACGGAGGUGUGUGUGAGAGAGAGAAGGCUGCAGGGGUACAUGUAGCCACUGAGGCGAGGCCAGCAGAAACAGAAAUGAAGGAGACCCAGCAGACAGCAGACAACCAGAGGAGAGGCACACACACACACACAAAAUGCGACGUGCACGACCCUCUACCUGCUCCUUCACCCCAGAGGAUUGAUAUCGAGGCUCCCUCACCAACGCGUGAGCAGGAGCGCAUCAUCAGUGAAUACAGCAUCCCGUUAGGUGUGGAGUUCAUCGUCCCCAGGACAGGUUUCUACUGUAAACUCUGCAGUCUCUUCUACACCAGCGAGGAGACAGCCAAGACCACACACUGCCGGAGCACGGUGCACUACAGGAAUCUACAGAAGUAUCUGUCCCAUCUGGCAGAAGAGAGCGCACUGCCCCCCUGCUCUGAGCCUCCCAGCGCUGAGUGAGUCCAACGAGAACUUCCCGCCGACACCAGCGGGGGGAACCCUGCACUCGCACCCCUUCCAGGAGUGCCUCCUAGCAGAGAGAAGGAGAAGAAACAGGGCCGUAAGG